UUAACAAAAUUGUGACGUCAUGUCUACUGAGAGCGUGGGCGAAGAACAACAGUUCAAAUUAGACUGCAGUACCAAACAUUACAGCAGAAAGCGGACACUUUGAGCAAGGAAAUCUAACAUGUACGAGAUCCCGCCAUCUGUGGAUCGCUAUUUGAAGAUAAGCUCAAAAUCCAUGAUUCAUUUUCCUACCGUCUCCUUGGAGAGCUCGCUGUCCCCCUCGUUGAUAAGUGGAGAUGAAACAGCCAGAGAUUCUCCUAAGAAAUUGUUUGACCAUUUUGAAAGUUUAGCGAUAGCAAACGGGAAAUAUUUAACCAAAGAGGAAACGGCGAGGAAGAGAGGUUGUGAUGAAUGCGACAAGGAAAUACAAAUGCCAAGUAAGAAGAUUUGGAAAGGUGAUCACGAAGAAGAGGAUUUCAUUGACUGUACUAAUAUUGAACCACAUCACACUUCUCGAGUCCAACAAUGUGGUCAGCYAACAGAACCAACAGUUGAAAAAGACCCAAAUAAACUGAAUAAGCCUUCAAUAACGAAUGGACAMACUGRCCAUACUUCUCGAGUCUUCACUCGCAGGCUACCUGAGAUCAAGCCAAAAAUUGCARGCGAAGUAUACAAGUWCGAUGAAACAGCCUGGCAGUGCAAUAACGGCAGAACAACAACUCGCAAAAAUCCCUGGGGACCUCAGUCUUAUUCUGAGCUGAUUUCAGGUGCUAUAAGAUCAAGYCCUGGGCAUAGAGCAUCGUUGCAACAGAUAUAUGACUGGAUUGUUGGAAACAUCCCUUGGUUUCACGACAAGGCUGAUUAUCCUUCAACAAAGGGAUGGAAGAACGCAAUCAGGCACACCCUGUCCAUCAGAAAACGCUUCACUCGUAUCGUGAAUGACAGAAGCCCACACGCAUCAUUGUGGACCUUUUCCAGGCAUGGUUACAGAAGCAUGACAAAAUACUGAUGAUACCAUUGAUGACACUCUUCACGUUUAGAUAUAGGCAGGUACCUUAAGGAUGAGGUUGUGGAAAAGGUCGUAUAUUUACAUGGAUAGUACAUCAUAUUUAAACUUCACAAAAGACGAGACAAAAUCACAAGUGUGAACGCAC